UUAUUUAAAUAGGCUGAAGAUGCUGACUGUUGUCGGUCUGUUACCAAUCAAGUUAUUAGAUAGUUAAAAGAUGACAGAAUUGCAGAAUUGUCAACUGGUUCAGGAUCUUACUCAGUCCUUAUUUUUUCAUCCAUUUUGACCAUUAUCGACAGCAGAAAUUGAUAUUGGCAUAAAGCAGAACAAACUAAACCAAGUUAUGAUGGCCGCAUCCUUAGAGGAGAGUGUAAAAAGCCUUCAGGACAGAAUAGCUGCUUUGGAGGAAGAAAAUAACCUUCUGAAAAAUGCAAAACAAAAACACCUGCCUUUUCAUGAAGAUAAAGAAGAUAGUGAAACACAUAAAACAAUUGAAUCCUUACAGCAGCAGGUUGCCAUUUUGAGAGACCUUUCGCCAUUUCGUUUCAGUGGUUUAUCAGAAGUACUUUCUCAAGAUGGACUGACUGUGAAUAUCCGGAAGACCAUCGAAGGGCGAUACAGGGAUGUACAGUUUCAGUUGAAGUUUCUCAUGCAAGAGUCACUGGACACGGGAGAGAGCCAUGUGACAGAUCUUUCGAUCGCAGCAUCUGAUGUCUUCACCACUGACCUGAUAGAGCAUAUUGAAAGAAUGUCGGCCCAGGGUAAUGUCCAGGGUUUUCUGCACCUUGUGAAAGGUUAUAGUCGCUGGACAGAGGCUAAAACACAGACUUUCAAGCACUUCACUGCAGAAUACCCGAAUAUAGUGAUGCAAGUGGACACCAACCUGUUGAAUAUCAAGGCAAACAACUGUACCCUGGUGUUAACCUGGAAUCUCGAGGUGGAGGGUGAGAGCUCGGUGGUCCCAGACAUACGACUGGAAGUGGUAGUACCAGAGUCUGUGCAAGAAAAACAAAAAGACUUCCUUGAAAGUGUGGAUGAGAAUUUCCAGCUGAUGCUGCAAAGGCUUGGAAUUGAGGCUUCUAUUAAUAGCUUAAUUGAAACAGUGAAAUGAAGUAUGAGAACCAUUUCAAAUUAAGACUAUAUUUCAAAUUCAAAUCAGCUACUUCAACCUGUAAUUUGUCAGAGCCAUCCUGCUGAAGUAAUCAAAAGUUUUAAAGUAAGAAAGCAAUCAGAAUCUAAUGGCUGAAUAGUCCUCAAUGUUUGAAGUUCGACACAAAGGCAGCAGCUUAAAGUUCAUAGUUGUUUAGUUCAAGUUUGUUUGUUUUAUUAUGCCCCUGUUUCGAAACAAGCCAUGUAUAUUGAUUUGCACAUGUCUAUCGGUCAGUAGGUCUGUUUGUAGGAAGGUCAGUCGAUUGGCCAUUUUGUUUCUGUACGAUAUCUAUGAGAAGGCUUAUACCUGCAACAAUGCAUAUAAAAAUGAUGGUGACUUGGACGGAAAGAAGGAUGGGUAUUGAUUUUUAGGUCAAAAGGUCAAGGUGACGGGGUUGUCACGUUUAUUUGUUUUCGCAUGAUAUCUUGGUAAUGCUUUGACCUUAGAUCAAGCAUAUUUGCAGUGAUCACUUCUGCUAAAUGAAGGAAGCCUAUUGAUUUUAAGUUCAUCAGGUCAAAGGUUAAUGUCAAUGAUUUCUUGGUAAUGCGUUGACCUUAGAUCCAGCAUAUUUAUAUAGUGGUUACUUCUGCUAAAGAAAGGAAGCCUAUUGAUAAUGAAGUCAUCAGGUCAGAGGUUAAUGUCAAUGUGUCUUUUAACAGGAAAUUUGUUUAAGCACUAAUUUUGAGAAUGCUCAUUUCUUUUUCUUCUGAUAUCAAAAGAAUGCUUUUGACCUACAACUUUGCAAACUGGUAUAAUGUUUCUUUAUGGGCAAGGGAAGACAGGAAUUUUGUUAGACUUACAGCUCAUCAAAACUAGAAACAUAUUCAAUAAUGUUGUUUCUGCUUUUUUUCUUUUCUUUUAAAUAUUGUCUACCCUUUUCAAAUGUAAACUAAACACUUACAGUUCGACUUCUGACCACACUGUUUACAGUCGAAACUCCACAAAACGGAGAGGAAUUACUAUAAGUGUCACAUCAACCUUGUUUUCCAAUCCAAAGCACAUUAGAAAAAAUUUACCUGUAUAUUUAAAAUGAUGUUCAAACUAAACGAAAACACCUAUCAGUGUUGAUGUAAACAGGACGAAAGCCUAGGUCUCAGGAGCUUGUCAAAGUUAACUUGUUUCUGCACAAUAUCUCGGGAAUGCUUUGACCUAAGAUAAUUCAAAUUUGAAGUAAAAUUAGUGACAUUGUUCAGAAUAGUAUCUGCCUAUCUUGCAUGUUUUAGUUUUUGUAUUUUUUGUUCACAAUUAGUGAAAUAGUUCAGAAUAGUUUCUACCCAUCUUGCAUGUUUAAAUUGUUGUAUUUUUGUUCACUAUUAGUGACAUAGUUCAGAAUAGUUUCUACCUAUGUUGCAUGUUCUAACUGUUGUAUUUUAUGUUCACCUCUUAAAAAGCUCCUAAACUGCAUAAAAUGGAAGUUAUUCCACAUUUGUAAUAAUGUGGGUAUUGACAUGUGUGCAUGAGAAUUUUUAUGAAUAUGAAUCUUGUGUGAAAUCUGACUUUAUUGUUUUCUUCAAAUUUUGUAAGUUGGUAUUCGUGUCAAUAAAAGUUAUGUACCUUU